CUGCAUAACAAAACCUUCGUGAUUCGGGUUAAGGUUUAUCAAACCGACCCGGAAACGAAAUUCGAAUCCGGAUCCUUCACGUUCGUAUCGCAUCAUCACUACUCGGAGUUGUUGAAGGCUGAAGCAACCUUGACACAGCCACCAUCGUCACUUCCGAUUCGCGAGUUUCAGCACCUAUUGCAUAAUGCGCAACCUAGCAGCUCAACUCUCUAACUAUUUAUGUAGAAGAAGAGUUGCAUUCAAUCAACAAUCUCGUAAUUUUUCAUCUUCUAGUAGCAAAGAACUAGCAUUGGAGCAUGAAGUUGAGAGAAAAUUUGGGUGGUUAUUGAAGAGUCUAUUUUUCGGCACUGCAAUUUAUGCGGGAUACCAGUUCUUUCCUUAUAUGGGGGAAAAUUUGAUGCAACAGUCGGUAUCUCUCUUGCGUGUCAAGGAUCCAUUGUUCAAAAGGAUGGGAGCUUCUAGAUUAGCCCGUUUUGCAAAAGACGAUGAAAGCAGGAUGAAGAUAGUUGAGUUAGGUGGAGACAAAGAGCUCAUAAAUAUGUUAAGCACAGCUAAAGACGACCGUACACGGAAAGCAGCACUGAAUGCUCUGGCUGAGCUGUCGCACUCAGAUGAAGUUCUUGCAUCCUUGCAUCGUGGUGGGGCCAUUCCAAUUAUCAGGUCUGCUCCAAGUUCACUUGAGGAUGCAGAUGUUGAGAAAUUCAAGUCGAGCUUGAUCAAAAGGUUCCAAGAUCUCAAGUAUGAUAUGUCUUCAUGAAUUUUACCAGAGAUUCUUGCGUUUUUUCCUUCAUAAGCUGCCCAUGAAAGCAUUUUUAGGUUUCACUGGAAAUUGCUGUGUAUUUUCUGACUAAAUUUAAUAGAAGAUUAUAAAUGAUUACUCAAUUUCUCAUAUGAAAGUACUUUUUUACAUCUAUGGGUAUUUAAAGUGCUCCAUAUCUAUUAUGCAAUGUGCUAACAUUUGGUUAAUUUGCAGUAAAAUAUUUAAUGACCAUUCAUUGAGUCAACUCAAAAUAGAAGGCAACAUGAUUUGUUAAAAGAAAAAUGUAAUAAUAGAAAGCAAUAAUCUAAGAAGUAAAAGUAAAUUUUAUAAGUAGACUUGAACACAUAUUUCAUAUCACUCUCAAGAUGUAGAUGAGUCUCUCCAAAGAUCAUUUUCCCUUUCUAUUCGGGUAUAAGUAACGUAGUUAAGUCUUAAUCACAAGCUUUCGUUUUAAA